CGGGGACACCUCGCCAGGGGAGGGGGAAGCGCCGGGCGCAGCCGCCGGGCCCUGACUCCUGAUCUCCCGGCCCCCCCCCCCCUCCCCCCUCCCCUCGUCCCGGUCCCCUCCCCUCCGGCCCCCGGGGAAGCCGCCACCCCCGGCCGGUCCCUCCUCCCCACCCCUUUCCCCCGACCGGGUGCCGCCGCCGAGAUUGGGCGAAUAGCGAGCAAAUACGUGCGCGUCUCGCUGCCUCCUCCGGCUGCCCGCUCCCUGCCCGCCGGAGCCCAGCCGCAGCCCCCCGAGGCGGGUGCCCAGUCCCGGCCGCUGCCCAGGCCCCGCCGCUCCUCCGCCCCUUCCCCUCCCGACGCAGGCCCGCAGCCCCCAGCGGGAAAGGCCCAGGCCGUCGCCGCCGAGCCCCAGCCCCAAGCCCAGCCCGACAUGAACCACCAUCAGCAGCAGCAGCAGCAGCACCAGAAGCCCGGGGAGCAGCAGCUGAGCGAGCCCGAGGACAUGGAGAUGGAAGCUGGAGAUGCAGAUGACCCUCCAAGAAUUACUCAAAAUCCUGUCAUUAAUGGGAAUGUAGCAAUGGCUGAUGGACAUAAUAACACCGAAGAAGACAUGGAAGAUGAUACAAGUUGGCGAUCGGAAGCAACAUUUCAGUUUACAGUCGAACGCUUCAACAGAUUGAGCGAGUCAGUUCUCAGUCCUCCCUGCUUUGUACGGAAUUUGCCAUGGAAGAUCAUGGUUAUGCCACGACUCUACCCGGACAGACCACACCAAAAAAGCGUAGGAUUCUUCCUACAGUGCAAUGCUGAAUCUGACUCCACGUCGUGGUCUUGUCAUGCGCAAGCAGUUCUCAAGAUAAUAAACUACAAAGAUGAUGAAAAAUCAUUCAGCCGUCGUAUUAGUCACUUGUUCUUUCAUAAGGAAAAUGACUGGGGCUUUUCCAACUUUAUGGCCUGGAGUGAAGUUACUGAUCCUGAAAAAGGCUUUAUAGAAGAGGACAAAGUUACUUUUGAAGUCUACGUUCAAGCAGAUGCUCCACAUGGAGUGGCGUGGGAUUCAAAGAAGCACACAGGAUAUGUUGGCUUGAAGAACCAGGGAGCAACUUGUUACAUGAACAGUUUGUUACAGACUUUAUUUUUCACAAAUCAACUACGAAAGGCGGUGUAUAUGAUGCCCACUGAAGGAGAUGAUUCAUCCAAAAGUGUUCCUCUAGCAUUGCAAAGAGUGUUUUAUGAGCUGCAACAUAGUGACAAACCAGUUGGAACUAAAAAGUUAACAAAAUCUUUUGGGUGGGAAACUUUAGACAGCUUCAUGCAACAUGAUGUCCAGGAAUUAUGUCGAGUGCUGCUUGAUAACGUGGAAAAUAAAAUGAAAGGCACGUGUGUAGAAGGCACUAUUCCUAAAUUGUUCAGAGGAAAGAUGGUGUCUUAUAUCCAAUGCAAACACGUAGACUAUCGAUCUGAACGAAUAGAAGAUUAUUAUGACAUCCAACUAAGUAUAAAGGGAAAGAAAAAUAUUUUUGAGUCCUUCAUUGACUAUGUUGCAGUGGAACAGUUGGACGGUGAUAACAAGUAUGAUGCAGGAGAACAUGGCUUGCAGGAGGCAGAGAAAGGUGUAAAGUUUCUCACGUUGCCACCAGUGUUACACCUACAGCUCAUGAGAUUUAUGUAUGAUCCUCAGACUGACCAGAACAUCAAGAUAAAUGAUAGGUUUGAGUUUCCUGAACAGUUGCCACUAGAUGAAUUUUUGCAAAAAACAGAUCCUAAAGAUCCUGCAAAUUACAUUCUUCAUGCAGUUCUCGUACACAGUGGAGAUAACCAUGGUGGACAUUAUGUUGUUUACUUAAAUCCAAAGGGUGAUGGCAAAUGGUGUAAAUUUGAUGACGAUGUUGUAUCAAGAUGUACAAAGGAAGAAGCGAUUGAACACAACUACGGAGGCCAUGACGAUGACUUAUCUGUACGACACUGUACUAAUGCAUACAUGUUGGUUUACAUCAGGGAAUCAAAAUUAAGUGAAGUUUUGCAGCCUGUCACAGACCAUGAUAUUCCUCAACAACUUGUAGAAAGGCUACAAGAAGAGAAAAGAAUAGAGGCUCAGAAGAGGAAGGAGAGGCAGGAAGCUCAUCUCUACAUGCAAGUGCAGAUAGUAGCAGAGGAUCAGUUCUGUGGCCACCAAGGCAAUGAUAUGUACGAUGAAGAAAAAGUGAAGUAUACUGUUUUCAAAGUAUUAAAAAACUCCACGCUUACGGAAUUUGUUCAAAACCUCUCUCAAACAAUGGGAUUUCCGCAGGAUCAGAUCAGAUUAUGGCCAAUGCAAGCUAGAAGUAAUGGAACGAAAAGACCUGCAAUGUUAGAUAAUGAAGCAGAUGGCAAUAAAACAAUGAUUGAGCUCAGUGACAAUGAAAAUCCAUGGACAAUAUUUUUGGAAACAGUAGAUCCAGAGAUGGCUGCUACUGGAGCAACAUUACCCAAGUUUGAUAAAGAUCAUGAUGUAAUGCUGUUCCUGAAAAUGUAUGAUCCGAAGACUCGGAGUUUGAAUUAUUGUGGACAUAUCUACACACCUAUAUCCUGUAAAAUACGUGACUUGCUUCCAGUUAUGUGUGAGAGAGCAGGAUUUCCACAAGAAACUAACCUUAUCCUCUAUGAGGAAGUUAAACCCAAUUUAACAGAAAGGAUUCAAGACUAUGAUGUAUCUCUUGAUAAAGCUCUUGAUGAACUCAUGGAUGGUGACAUCAUAGUGUUUCAGAAGGAUGAUCCAGAAAAUGAUAACAGCGAACUACCAACAGCUAAAGAAUACUUCAGAGACCUCUAUCAUCGAGUGGAUGUCAUUUUCUGUGAUAAAACCAUCCCCAAUGACCCUGGCUUUGUUGUUACUUUAUCCAAUAGAAUGAACUACUUUCAGGUUGCAAAGACAGUUGCACAAAGACUUAAUACGGAUCCAAUGCUAUUACAGUUUUUCAAGUCUCAAGGUUAUAGGGAUGGCCCUGGCAAUCCUCUUAGGCAUAAUUAUGAAGGUACUUUAAGAGAUCUUCUGCAGUUCUUCAAGCCUAGGCAACCUAAAAAACUUUACUAUCAACAGCUCAAAAUGAAAAUAACUGAUUUUGAAAACAGAAGAAGUUUUAAAUGCAUAUGGCUAAAUAGCCAGUUUAGGGAAGAGGAAAUAACAGUAUAUCCAGAUAAGCAUGGGUGUGUGCGGGACCUGUUAGAAGAAUGUAAAAAAGUUGUAGAACUCUCUGAAAAAGGUUCAGGGAAAUUAAGGCUGCUAGAAAUUGUAAGUUACAAAAUAAUUGGUGUCCAUCAGGAAGAUGAGCUGUUAGAGUGUUUGUCACCUGCAACAAGUCGAACGUUUCGAAUAGAGGAAAUUCCUCUGGACCAGGUAGAUAUAGAUAAAGAAAAUGAGAUGCUAAUCACAGUGGCACAUUUCCACAAAGAGGUUUUUGGGACAUUUGGAAUUCCAUUCUUGCUGAGGAUACACCAGGGUGAACACUUCAGAGAAGUUAUGAAGCGGAUUCAGACAAUGCUGGACAUACAAGAAAAAGAAUUUGAAAAGUUUAAAUUUGCAAUUGUAAUGAUGGGCCGACACCAAUAUCUCAAUGAAGAUGAGUAUGAAGUGAACUUGAAAGAUUUUGAGCCCCAACCUGGCAACAUGUCUCAUCCAAGGCCAUGGCUAGGGCUUGACCAUUUCAAUAAAGCCCCAAAGAGAAGUCGCUACACUUACCUUGAAAAAGCUAUUAAAAUCCAUAACUGACUUACGUAACCAGAUUGUCAAGGCAAGGGACAAAAAUAAGUGUGUGUGUGCACCUUUUUAACAACUGUAGAACUUUGGUACACGUGCACUAUAUCUGAAGUCUUCAGCAAGAGGAUUUGCUGCUGAUGUUAAUUUUAUUUUGUUGAGGCUGUUCAGUUUGGCUUCUCUGUAUCUAUUGACUGCCCUUUUUGAGCAAAAUGAAGGUGUUUUUAUAAAGCUUGGAUGCCAAUGAGAGUUAUUUUAUGGUAAACGUAAUGCAAGGCAAUUGUCAGCAUAAUGAGGGAAGAGUUUAGUAGAACAGUUGACAUUGGCAAAAUAUUUGUCUGUAGUACGUUUAUAGAUGGCAUAAGCUGGCUGGCUGCCCUUCCUGGUAUGGUUUUCACCAUCACUGCAGCUAGUAAGUCUUAUGUUUAGACUCACAUCAGAUUUAUUUCCUUCAGUUAUACUUUAAAUGACAUUUUUGUGCAUUUGUAAAUGCAAAAAACUCACAUCAUCAAUAAAUAGCAAUCUCUACUUCAUUGUGUACAUUGUUGGCACUUAUUUGGGAUUUUUGUCUCCUCCAGCUGCAUAGAAUCCUUUUUUAAUAAACUAGUUUUCAUUUAAUUUAGUCACUACUUUGCAUCCUGUUUUGCCAAGUGGAUGCCCUGACUCCUAAAAUGAGAUAUUUGGGUCUUUUUAUUAAAUUUUCAACCAUUGUUGAAUACAGUUGCAAUUUAUUAUGCCAUCUUCUGGGAAAUAGAAUGACACUCAAAGUUGGCAAAAGCAAGUGAAAGGAUUAUAAAUAUCAUUAAUUUAGUUAAUAUGGGAAGAGAUGGGGAAAACACAAGAAAUAGCCUUUUAGCACAGAGGGGCAUGCUCACUAGUAUUUAGUAAGCUGUUGACUUUGUAUAAAAAAGGAGGAAAAAAAAAGAAAAAAGAAAAAAGUAAAACUGAAAUUGUAUAUUUAAUGAAUGAACAUGUACAAUUUAACACUUGGAGGUUAAUUUUGUUGGGUGAUUCUGCAAGUGAAUUUCACUGAUGUUGAUAUUCAUUGUGUGUAGUUUUAUUUCAGUCCCCAGACUGCUUCCUUUUAUUUUGGAGCUAAUGCCAGCCGCGUGUCUAGUUUUGAGUGCAGUAAAGAUAGAAUCAGCAAUUCACACUUAAUUUUACAUUUUUUUCCAGUAUUUUAUUUUGUUUCUGUAGCCGCAGUGUACAACAACUCUUCCUGUAUAUUGCCUUUUUUUGCUGGAAAAUGUUGUAUGUUGAAUAAAAUUUUCUAUAAAAUUUUUCUUCAGUGAGUGAUGACAUGGAAGUUGAAGAAGAUUUUCUCUUCUCCAUGGAAAUAGAGUUCUGGGAAAGUACUUUUAUUUGUGAGGUUUUGCUAAAGGUGUGUUUUCUUGUUUUCAGUGUUGACAGUUGUGUAACCCUCAUAUUGGUUGUUUUGGAGUUUGGGGGAAAAUUUGUGGGGUUUUCUGUUCAGUUGUUUUAGGUUUUGGAUUUUUUUUUUUGUUUUGUUUUGUUCUGUUUUUGGGUGUUUUGUUUUUUUACCUCCUAACUAGUUACAUUUGAGCUUAACAAAUAGAAGGGUUUUCCUGGAAGGAACCAUGUACAAAUACAAUGAAUGGAAAAAUUAUUUUGCUAGUUUGUUUGUAAAGCUUGUAGUAGAGUCUUUGUGGUAGACUUGACUCUGCCUGCCUGUACAAAAUUUUGUCGUCCAGAUUCUCAAGUCUAAUAUUAUAAAUGGUGUAAAGUUAAAAUCUGGAGUCUCUAAAGGUAAGCUCUCUUAAUAGAGUGAUAGGUUCCCUCUGUAGUGUGUUCCCUGUAUUCAUAACCAAAACAAAGUUCUUAGAAGCUUCCUUUUCUCAGACCUACCAAUAAACAUUUAGUAGGGGUUGUAUACAUGUGAUGGCCUUUAUACUUUCUUUUCUGAGAUGUGGGUGCUGGUGAUAACUGAAAACACCAGCAAGUAUUUUUAAAUCGAAUUUUAAGAUAUUUUGUUCAUAUAGCUUUAAAAAUGCAUUAAUCUCCAAUAUUAGGUGUGUCUGAGUUUCUUUUUAAUUUAUAUGCCGUGGUGCUUUUAACCGUCUCUAAUUCCCAGUCAAAGCAAACUAGUUGUUUACAUUGCUUUUGUCGUCUGAGUACAUAGGUUACAGGUAGAGGGAAGUGCUUAAAUGGCAUGCCUUAAAUGGAUCAAGAUUUCCUUUGACUUGUAUUUGCAUUGAACUGGUGAGAAAGGUAACACAAUCCAAGACAACUGGUACUUUUAAUAGUAGUAUUCGGGUUGUCUCUACAGGCUUUCAGUAAAUAUCAGGGUUUGUAUUCAAAAUACUUCUGUAAAAUUAGGUACUCUGAUCAGCAGUAGUAGGCCGUAAUUAUAUUUUGUGAAUUCAAUGUUAUGGUAGACAGAUAUGAAAUCGAGUUUGUAUCUGAAUGUCACUAACUUUUAGCACUAAUUUAUGGGAUUCUGGCAGCUUCUAGGGAAUAUCUUAUGAAAUCGCAAUACUUCCUAUUUCAGAAGAAAAUACUGCUAACAAAGUAAAUUUUGGGUGCCUUUUGAUUUUUAGAUGACUAGUUCUUACAUGCUUCAGUAUUUGUGCAAUUCCCACACCAAUUUUGAAAAGACAAUAUAUUAAGGCAUUCCGUAUGCACUAUUUCCAGUAACUGAAGUUUUUUAUGGAACAAAAAAAAAUUGGAGCAUAAAUAACUUGUUACUCAAAUGUAGAAACACACACAGCUAUGAAGAGAAGAGGAAGAAUGGAGGUUUUCUCAGGUGCAGUAUCUUUGUUUAGCUCAUUCUAAAAAUUUACAAGAGUACAGUCUUCAAAGCUACUGUGCUUUCCAUUUCUAAUUCAGAUAUUGGAAUUAUCUGGAUAAGAGCAAAUGCAUUAAAUUAACUUGAUAAUAAGUGUUAAGCAAUAAGGAUGUAAAUUCAUGGUAUACAGGAUCAGAGCACCAUGAUGUUAGCGGCCCGUCUGAAUUCUUGAAAAUAGCAAGAAUUGUUCCUGUAGAUUUACAUAGUGCCUUUUAUUCUAAAGGAGUCCAAAGCAUUCUGUGAAAUCUAAGCAAAUCACACCAGUUGAAAUAGUUUGACUAGAGAGUGACAGCCAACAAAAACACCCUUUAUACAAGAAGGCUUGCUUAGCAGCACCAGGACAAAUUCGUACUGCUGCAAGACACGUCAGAGGGAUCAGGCUGAUGUCGUGCUGCAGGACGUGCAGUGCCCGGUGCUGUAUCUACCUCAGCUGCUGCCCCUCGGAGCUGGGACCCAGCCUGCUGCUCCCUAGAGCCUCAGACCUGGAGCUUGGACCGCCCUCAGUCGUGCGGGCUCUGUGCUGGCUGCAGGCAUCAGUACGUAGAUCUAAGCGACGCUGUGUUUUGCUAUUUGAUAACCUUUGUGAGAAAUCUUUUUUUUUUCUGUAGGAACUGUAUAUAUUGUAAAUAAAAUAGAUAAGGGUAAACACUG